AUGAAGGUGGCGAAGAGGGUCAGUGUACACGAAGAGGCGGUGCCCUGUGAGGAUAAAGACGUGCUACAAUGGACAAACGAGCAGCUGAAGAGCAUUGGGCAAAAAGAAUUAUCUGGAUUCCGAGACCAAAGCCUGUGCUCAGGUCUUCCGGUCUUGCACGUCCUAGAGGCAAUAGGCUCUGGCCCCAUAGACCGUGACCUCGUCACAUCUGACGACUUCGCCAACUGUGUCUUUGUAAUAUCGCAAGCACGAAAAUGCGGUGCUCGUGUAUACGCGCUCCCAGAGCAUCUUCAACAGCUGCACAGCAAGAUGAUCCUCACUAUUUUUGUUUGUCUCAUGAUUCUGCAUUACCGGCGCAGGUCGACCAUAAUCUGCACAGAAUGA